AAAUUCAUUGAGAUAAAGAAUUAUUAAAAAAAACUUAUAACUUUAGAAUGGAUGUAUUUGGUAUUGGGUUAUUUGGUUGAUUGGUCUCAACCAGGUUAAUUUUUCUGCUUUUUGACCGGUUGAUUAUUUUUACAAAUAUGGGGUUAUUUUGAGAUCGAAAAGUUACGGCUUAGAAGAAAUAAGGGGGUUUUGAGGAAGAGAGGCGGUCGACUGCAGAGAAAAAGAAAAAUGGCGAGCGAAGAAGAGAGCGCAGUGAAGGAGCCGUUGGAUCUCAUAAGACUUAGCCUCGACGAGCGUAUCUACGUCAAGCUCCGCUCCGACCGUGAACUCCGAGGCAAACUUCAUGCCUAUGAUCAGCAUUUGAACAUGAUUCUUGGUGAUGUUGAAGAAAUUGUUACUACAGUAGAAAUCGACGAUGAAACUUAUGAAGAAAUUGUUCGAACGACAAGGCGGACAGUUCCAUUUCUUUUUGUUCGAGGAGAUGGUGUUAUUUUGGUUUCUCCUCCACUGAGGACAGCUUGAUUUGGAUGAUGGAAUUUAGGUUGCAUUUUAUGGUUGAAAUAUCCUGUUGUCGUAUGUAAUAGCCUAAGUGUAUGUCAAACUGAUUUGAUUUUGGGAGGGAAUGAAGGGAGAGCAUAUCACAUUGUUGGAUCAUUAUGUGAUAGAUUUCAAUGAUGAAUUUGUAUGAGCUAUCAGCUGUUCUAAGUUUA